CUCGGGCCCGCCCACCGCGCCGUCCGUCGGUGGGUCUACACGAACACGCCGCUCUGUGCCGCCACCGUCCCAGUACGCGGCUAGACCGCGCGGCGGACGGUACGAGAGGCUCUCCUCCGCCGGGACCGCGGCGCAGCGCUGAACUACCUCCCGUCUCACCGGCGCUGGGCCAGCUCUCAGACCGUUUGCCGCCGCUCGGAGGAAGCGUUUGCCGCCGCUCGGAGGAAGCGUUUGCCGCCGCUCGGAGGAAGUGUUUGCCGCCGCUCGGAAGCAGCGUUUGCCGGCGCUCGGAAGCAGCGUUUGCCGGCUCGGAGGAAGCGUUUGCCGGCGCUCGGAGGAGUGUUUGCCGCCGCUCGGAAGCAGCGUUUGCCGCCGCUUGGAAGCAGCGUUUGCCGGCUCUCGGGUGCGGUGUUUCCGGUCCCUGACCCGCAGCGGCGAUGCGUUCCCUGACGCUGCUGCUGGCGCUGGGCGCCGCCGGGCCGCUGUGCGCCGACCCCGCGGCGCACCGGCCGGCCGGAGCGGCGCCGUUCGCCGGCCUGCCGCCGCAGGACUCCGAGUGGCGAGAGGUGCGCUCCCUGGACGGUCUGUGGCAGUUCAAACUGUGCCCCACCGACGACCCGGAGCGCGGCUUCCGCGAGCAGUGGUUCGCCGCGAUGCCGAGCGCCGAAGACCCGGAGGUGCUCGACAUGCCAGUGCCGGCCAGCUACAACGACAUCACGCAGCGGGCGGACGUGCGCGACCACCUCGGCUGGGCGUGGUACUGGAGGCAGGCGUGGGUGCCGCGCUCCUGGGCCGGCCGCCGCACAGUGCUGCGAGUCGGCAGUGCCCACUACUCCGCCGUGGUCUACGUAAACGGCGCACGGGCAGCCGAGCACAGCGGGGGUCACCUGCCGUUCGCGGCCGACGUCACCGACCUACUACUGGUCGGUCAGGCCAACCUCGUCUCCAUCGCCGUCAACAACACUCUGACCGACAUCACUGUGCCGCAGGGCCGCACCGUGCGCAAGGCCAACAGCUCCAGCUACGUCUACCCCGAGGGCUACGAGACGCUCGAGUACAACUUCGACUUCUUCAACUACGCUGGCCUGCACCGGCCCGUGCUGCUCUACACCACCGCUGACACCUUCGUCGAGGACGUUACCGUGACGACAACGCUGGCCGCUGACGGCUCGGCCGCCGUCACGUACGCCGUCACGGCGGCCACCGUGCUGGCUCAGGACGACGUCACGGUGAACGUCACGCUCACGUCUCCCGGCGGAGAGCCGGUGGGCGCGACCGGCGGCGCCCAGGGCGUGCUGACGGUGGCGCAGCCGGAGCUGUGGUGGCCCUACCUGAUGGACGCCUCGCCCGGCCGGCAAUACACGCUGAUCGUCGAGCUGCUGGCCGCCUCCGGCGCGCGGGACAUCUUCCGGCAGAGGUUCGGCAUCAGGGAGAUCACGUGGGAUGCCGACUCGGUCUCCAUCAACGGUCGUCCCGUGUACAUCCGAGGAUUCGGCAAACACGAGGACAGCGACAUCCGCGGCAAGGGCCUGGACCUGCCGCUGCUCGUCAAGGACUUCAACCUGAUCGAGUGGCUGGGCGCCAACUGCUUCCGCACGUCCCACUACCCGUACGCCGAGGAGAUCAUGGACGCGGCCGACGCGCGCGGCAUUAUGGUUAUCGACGAGACACCGGCCGUGUCGCUAGACUACUCACAGACCGCCGGCGACGACCGGCUCCUGACGGCGCACACGGAGGCGCUCUCCGGCCUGAUCGCGCGCGACAAGAACCGCCCGUCGGUGCUGAUGUGGUCGCUGAGUAACGAGGCCAAGACGGGCCAGCCGGAGGCGGUGCCUUACUACCAGACGCUGGUGGCGCUGGCGCGCGCCCAGGACGGCACACGGCCCGUGACGGCCGUGCUCAACACCUACCCUGACACGGAACUGGUGGCGCCGCUGCUGGACGUGAUCCUUGUGAACCGCUACUUCGGCUGGUACUCGGACACCGGACACUCCGAGCUGAUCGACCUGCAGGCCCGGCACUUCCUCACCUUCUGGCGCGACACGUUCGGCAAGCCGGUGGUUCAGUCGGAGUAUGGAGCUGACACGGUGGCCGGUCUCCACCAGCAGCCCACCUUCGUCUUCACGGAGGAGUACCAGACCCAGCUGAUGGCCGCCAACUUCCGCGCCUUUGAGGCGGUGCGCGCGCAGGGCUGGUUUGUCGGGGAGAUGAUCUGGAACUUCGCCGACUUCAUGACCAAGCAGGAUACGACUCGGGUGGUGGGGAACCGGAAGGGGGUGCUGACCCGUCAGCGACAGCCCAAGAUGUCGGCGCACCUACUGCGCUCGCGCUACUGGGCGCUGGCGCAGCGCACUGACAUGCCGGAGCUGCUGCUGCCCGACGACCUCAUGUUCUCCGGCGACUUCACCGGGGUGCAGAAGAAGCAGUGCCCCGCCCGGCCGGCCGCCGGCUGGCAAACGAGCGCCGUGAAGGGCAGGUGGGAGCACAAGACCAGCACCAAACCCUGACCGGGUCGUGACGGUCAGACGCUGCUUGUGAUGUUUUAGUGCUGUUUGUGGUGUUUGUACAGUGUUUGUAUGCCGUGUGUUUGAUUGACUGAUUGCCAUAGUUACAAUGGGACGGUUGUUAAUUUUGUUAUGUACUUCUUUGCCGACUCUCUUCGGCAUUACGAUUUGGUCAGAGCUGAGCCGCUUUCAUCUUAUGUGAUUUGUUCGCUGUGUUUUAAAAUAUACACUACUGAUAGCGGUC